AUGAUGUUCAGCGGGCAGAAAGGUCCCAAUGCUCUGAAUCUAUUCAACUGGAAACGGCAAGGUGAUUCAUCCUUAACGACCGGGUUACUUAAUGUGGUACCCCCAGAAAUCGAAUUAUCUGACUACCGCAGAACCCCAAGUUCUGGAAGUGAAAGUCCUACAGGACUUCUUAAUGGCGAGGGCUUGAAUGUUGAGCCAAUCGCUGAUCUAGAUUUGUUUUUUGAGAGGCUUUAUAGUUACUAUUGUGAAAAGGGGCUCUGGUGCAUAAUUAUAAAGUGGAUAUUUGAACUUCUGAGUCUUGCAUUCACGAUAUGCUUUUCUGGAUUCUUUCUUCUCGUUGUUGAUUGGAAUGGUCUACGCAAUGCAAAAUGUGGGAUGGAUGCCGUAGAAUCUGGCAUUAAACCCUGUGAUUUGUCCAAGGAAGCCCUUCAUCAGCAUCCCUUAACCCCUUUUACAUUGACCAAAGCUAUAAUUCUUGGGUAUUUGGGGAUAUUCUCCAUCUACUGGACAUUUUGCUUCUUCAGGUUUUUUGCACAGUUGAAGGAUACCCUGAAAAUUCGAGACUUCUACUACAACAGUCUGCAAGUGACUGAUAAUGAAAUACAAACUUUGCCUUGGGCGUUGAUUCUUGAAAAGGUUGUUCGGGCACAAAGUUCACAACAACUAUGUGUGGUAAAGAAUCUUUCCAUUCAUGAUGUGGUGAUGCGUCUCAUGCGAAAAGAGAAUUACUUGAUUGGAAUGCUCAACAAGGGAGUCCUUGCUUUCCCUAUUUCUUCUUGGGUUUUUGGUGCUGGUCCCACUGUCAAAUGUGGUCCCAAUGGCGUGCGGUAUCGGUUAAUUCUGACGCAAACUCUUGAGUGGACCUUGAAUUGGUGUAUAUUGCAGAGCAUGUUUGACAGAAAUUUUCGCAUUCGAAGUGAAUUUAUCUCUGAUGCUAAAACUCUGAAGAAAAGGCUGAUGAUAGUGGGCUUAACAAUGCUUCUACUUUCACCCUUUCUCGUCAUAUUCAUGCUGGUGUUCCUCUUCCUGAGGCAUGCUGAACAAUUCUAUAACCAUCCAAGUACGGCAUCAUCUCGAAGAUGGUCAAAUCUUGCAAAGUGGAUCUUCAGGGAGUUCAAUGAGGUUGAUCAUCUGUUCAAGCACAGAAUCAAUAACAGUGUCGUUCAUGCUUCUGAAUAUUUAAAGCAAUUCCCGUCGCCUAAGAUUUCUAUUGUUGCAAAGUUCAUCUCAUUUGUAUCUGGUGGCUUUGCUGCUAUUCUCAUCAUUAUUGCUUUUCUUGAAGAGUCCUUGCUCGAAGGCCAUAUAUUUGGUCGCAAUUUGUUCUGGUAUGCAGCUGUUUUUGGGACUAUAACAGCUAUUAGCCGUGCUGCAGUGACAGAUGAUGUUCUUGUACUUGACCCUCAGGGAAUGAUGUCACUAGUGGUCCAACAUACCCACUAUAUGCCUAAGCGAUGGCGAGGAAAAGAGAAUACUGAGGCUGUGAGGAUGGAGUUUGAAACUCUAUUUCAGUACACAGUGAUGAUGUUACUGGAAGAGAUGGCUUCAAUCUUUCUCACACCGUUUCUGCUCUUGUUUGUUGUCCCAAAGCGUGUGGAUGAUAUUUUGCAAUUUAUUGCUGAUUUCACCGUGGAUGUUGAAGGUGUUGGUCAUGUUUGUAGUUUUAGUGUCUUUGAUUUUCAAAAUCAUGGCAAUGGUAGAUAUGGUUCUCCCUUUAAUUGUCCCCAUUUUCAGAGGAGUUCCCAGGGCAAAAUGGAGAAAUCUUUCUUGAGCUUUCAGAGUAGUUAUCCUUCAUGGGAACCAAAUGCUCACGGAAAACACUUUCUGGCAAAUCUGGAUAAAUUCAGAGAGCAAAAGCUGCAAGCUCAGGCAGUUAGACCAGCAUAUGGCACUCCUAGGAUGUCACCACUCAACCCGAGUUUUAGGGUUCCUGUUGACAGAAACAGCUUAUUACCGAGAGAAUCGCCAUUCAAUAAUGUCCGUACUGCCUAUCAGUACGGUACAGUAUUGCCAAUGGAUGGUGAGCAGAAGGAUUAUCCUUACAUCCUGGACUGGUAUUAUGCCUCGCAUACUGCGAACAACUUGGGGGAGAUUCCACCAAAUGUUCCUGGCCGUGUUGAGGAACGGGAGAAGGGUUUAUGGUUGCCAUCUGAUUUGAGACCAGAUAUAGCAGCAUACGACGAGAACUGGAGACAACAUGAAGCAGCAAAUGAGGAACCGUGGGGACAAUCAUUUCAAGAACGCUCCCACAGUCAACUUGAUGCAUCAACAUCAGCUCCUCACUUUGGUGAAAGUGUGUUGCAACAUAAUAACUUGCACAAUGUGGGAAACCCUUCGACCAGUGGCCAAUGGUGGUUCAGGAACAGGCCACAAGGUGCAAAUCCGGAGACAAGUUUUAUGGAACCCCCAAACUUCAACCGUGAAACGGGGUAUCAUCAUAAUGAUAAUGACGAUUACAGGAUUAUGGAGGAAGAAGAACAGUUGGAUUGGGUGAAUCCGAGUAGACUAUCUAGAACUUUCAUAAUGGACGAUGACGGUGGGGAUUUUGAUCUUCCAUUUGACGAUAUCUAUAGAAGACGUUCGGAAAGCCCGAAAGACAAUUGGGAUCCUGCAGAUAUUGUGUAA